UGUUUUCGAACUAACUGCUUUUUCUUUCUAUUCCUUUUUUGUCGUUGCUAACAUCAGUGAUAAAUGGGCAAUAUUGGUGCCUUGCUGAUGUUUCGGCGUAGAGUAAUAUAUAAUAAUAUUAGUCUUAAGAAUUUCGCUGAGAAAAAGGGGUUUUCUUAUAACUGUAUGUCCACUGUAGCAAACGAAAGUAAUAACUUUAAAGAUCCUUUUAAUGUUCAACUACUAGAUGAUCGCCUUCAUAAAUAUCUCUUUGGAGAUAAAGUUUAUGAAGUAACUAAAGAGAAGAUAAAAAUAGCGACAAGACUUUUGGAGCGGCACAAUUUGGGAACGCAGAGAUUAAAACCAUUUCCGCCGGUUGAUCAGUUGGAGUUACCUCCUUUAGACGGCGAUGUUAUAACUUAUCUUAACGAUGUUGCCCAGAAACAAUGCGAGCCCUAUAAACAGUAUUCUAUGAAUCUCAGUACGUUAAAACCUAGCCCAAUGCCUAAAGAAUGGCGCCUCUCCAGCGGCUGGACCCGUUAUGAUACUAUCUCUUCCGGGGCUGCAGCCAAAGGCGAACGUGUCUCGGCGCCUCUGGGUAACGCGAUGGUCUUCGACGUGGAAGUAAACUUUAGGGAAUCCCAGUACCCUGUCAUAGCAGUAGCGUUGUGUUAUGAGAAUGUUCAGCAAGACGGACAAGAUCCCGAUAGUACCUUCGUUAACGGGGUCUGGUAUUCAUGGUGUAGUUCAAACUUAGUAUCUCUUCCAGGGAGCAGGGAAUCUAUUUACAAAAGAGUUAAUGAGCUGAUUCCACUAAGCCGUCGUAAACCGCAUUUGAUAGUUGGGCAUAACAUAUGCUAUGACAGAGCCCGGCUCGAGUGCGAGUAUACUUUUGAGGAAUCCAACAAUCGGUUUUUAGAUACUAUGAGCAUGCACAUCUCUCUAAAUGGAUUGACUGCAGCUCAGAAAAGACUAUUACUUAAACUUCGUAAAGCCACAGCUCUCGGGACGGCGUCUGAAGAGAAACUUGUAAGAAUUAGAGACAUGUGGACCAAGGUGGCAGCCCUGAACAGUUUGAAAGAUGUCUAUAGGCUUUAUAUUAAAAAAGAAUUGGAUAAGACCGCAAGAGACCUUUUUGUGGAGGGAUCCUUAGAAGAUAUUAAAGAAAACGCGCAGGACUGUUUUCGCUACUGCGCCGCUGACGUGCUUGCGACGCUUGAGGUUUACCAGAAAAUGUACGACCAAUAUUUUGAGGCCUGUCCUUCGCCCGCCACCUUCGCUGGCACCUUGUUGCUUUCGACGCCUGUUUUGCCGGUCAAAAAGGCUACUUUUGAAUAUUAUAUAGCGAGAUGCGAUGCAAAACUAAAGGAAACCGAGGAGAUGGUCAUUGGCACACUUAAAAAACUUCUCAACGAGGCCUUGAAAAAAAAUCCUUCUGAAAUAGAAAAGGACCCGUUUCUUAAUCAUUUAGACUGGAGUUUGCCAAAAGGAAAACUGAGACGGCAUGCCCUCCAAAAUAAGCCCAAAUGGUAUCGCGACCUGUGCGACCGGACGGGGACGCCUGUCAUGACUUUGAGAAAAAGAAUCACUCCAUAUCUCCUUCGGAUGAGGUGGGACGGGUUUCCUAUAUAUUAUCACAAGCCGAACCGAACAUGGGGCUUUGAUCACCCGACUACCGGCUUCCAUCAGCUGCCCCGCCGCGAUAAAGAGCAUGCAAAGACAGGCACGCCCUUAGCGAAGACUUUCCAAUUUGAAAUAGAACAAUCGAAACUCAAAGGACGGCAGGAGGCUAUACCCAUCCUCAAUGCGGCGAUCGAGACUUCGUAUUGGAUUGGCACAAGAAAACGUGCCAAUGAGCAGUUUAUCCACGACGAUAUAAUCAUCCCCAUGCUGGUUCCUUCCGGCACCAUCACCCGGAGAGCAGUAGAACCUCUGUGGUUGACUGCCAGCAGCCCCAAAAUGAACAGGAUUGGAUCCGAGCUGAAAGCGCAAGUGCGAGCCCCCAAAGGCUACUACUUUGUGGGCUCGGACGUUGAUUCGCAGGAGUUGUGGAUAGCCGCCGUGUUAGGGGAUGCUUACUUCACUGGAUUGCAUGGGAGCACUGCGUUGGGUUGGAUGACCGUUUCCGGGGAAAAGUCUUUCAAAACUGAUCUCCAUUCGCGCACCGCCGAGCAAAUUGCAGUGAGCCGAGACGUUGCCAAGAUUUUCAACUACGGGCGUAUAUAUGGUUCCGGCGUGAGCUCCGCUCGGCGCAUGCUAAUCAAUAGUAUUCCCGAUCUUACCUUAUCGGAGGCUGACGAGAAGGCCCACGAUCUCUAUAAAUCCACUAAAGGCCAUAAAGUCAUGUGUACCGUAAAGUACGACAGCGAAAGAUUUAGUGAGCUUUACGUUUGGCGGGCAGCAGGUGGCUGUUCCAGUCUACUCUGGGUUGGCGGCUCCGAAUCGCACAUGUUUAACAGUCUUGAACAGGUCGUCAAUUCAACCUAUCCGCGAACUCCUUUUUUAGGGAGUGGUAUCUCUAAUAUGCUGAAAAGCUCUGUCGCCGGCAGUAACUAUUCGACGUCGAGGGUCAACUGGGUUGUCCAGAGUUCGGCGGUUGACUUCUUACACCUUCUUUUAGUGUCAAUGGAACAUUUUUGCAAGCGUUAUUGUAUCCGUUACAAGUUUGUUAUAAGUAUUCACGACGAAGUCCGCUUUUUGGUUUCGGAGAGAGACCGCUACAGGGCUGCGCUUGCUCUGCAUCUGUCCAAUCUCUAUGUAAGGGCUUACUUCUCCAUGCGUCUGGGGAUGCACGACCUACCCAUGUCCGUCGCCUUCUUUUCUAAAGUUGACGUGGAUAAGGUCCUAAGGAAGGAGGUCAACUUAGAGAGUGUGACUCCCAGCAACCCAAUUCCUUUGCCGUGCGUCGGUGAAAGUUUAAGUAUUUACGAGGUUUUGAAGAAGACUAACGGCAGUUUACUCCUAAAUAAGCAACCUCCUCUAGAAUCUACAGAGGCAGUUGAUCGUGCAUGGAAGAAGCAUUCGGAGCUUGAGAGGCGCGCUAUGAAUACUUUUUACAAGCAACUGAAACCCGCCCUGGCCAACAGAAGCACCGAACUCGAUACUACUAACACAACCGCAUAUCGUGAAGUGAAAAUUAUGAAAAAUGGCGUUCAAUAUUACUUGUGCCCAUUUUGUUUAAAAAAAUUAAAAACGAAAAAGGGGCUUUCGCUUCAUGCGUCUACUUGCUCUCGGCAGCCCUCCGGAGCCAUCCAAUAA